CGUGCGAGUGAAUCUCUCGCCUCGUGCCGCCAAACUGCUCCGCUGCACCGAUAUACCUCGAAAUAGAUCGAUUUCACGACUGCUACCAGCAUCUGGGCCCCCGAGAUGCAAAACUUUGACGACGAUGACGACACUCAUUUCUGCAACAAAUGCCACACGACCAUCAACGGCCUCAGUAAUUACGUUAGGCAUCGCCAGGAGGCUCUAUGCCGUAGCAGGACAGAAAAUAAGCCUCCGGAUUACAGUUGCGAACCGACAACCCCCAGCGUUUCCUAUCCGGAGAUCCUCAACGCCGAUGCCUUUUUCAACUCGUUAGAAUUGCAGAGCAGUGCCAAACAGAGUGCACCUCGAUCAGAUGGACCCAGACGAUCCAGUCGUCACCGCAAACGAAAAACCAGCAGUUCCGAGGAUAAGGACUAUAACAAAGUAAAGAUACACAACCUCUUGCCAGUUGACUCCGAGCUCGAAGAUCUCGGUUUACCUUCUCUCGUUGGCUUUUCUGAUAUCGUGCCAAGCCCUUCUACUGCUUCCAAUAAAGUUCGGAUCAUAACAACCUCUGACUCUUCGAUUAAUAAAGAAAAUAAUGCCUUGAAAAUUGACAAAAAUGUAAAAGCUCGAGAGGAUGAGCCACAAGAACGCGAGGCAAUGUGGCCGAAUCGUGACACAACACUGACCGAAUUAGCGGAUAAAGGUUAUCCACAUCAUAAUGAAUGGACCGAAUAUAAUUACCAACAAGAUCUGGAGUCUGAAGAUGAUAGCCUCAUCGAUGAACUGGUCGAUGACGAAUCAGACUCUGAUUCCGAUGAUUCUUCUACCUAUCCACCUCGAGGCUUCACAGGAGGCAAGUGGAAACCCGAAUUGGUAACUCAAGUGGAAGAACCAAUGCAAUACGAUGAGAUAGAAUCAGAAGAUAUUGAUAGUGACUCAAGACAUCCUCCAUCGAACUACACAGGAGGCAAAUGGAAACCUUUGGAAACAUCAGUCCAUACUGGUGGUAAAUGGAAACCGUCCGAAACAUCGCUUCAAUCAGCUGUAAAAUGGAAACCUUCAGAAACACCAGCUCAAUCUGGUGGAAAAUGGAAACCUUCAGAAACACCAGCUCAAUCUGGUGGAAAAUGGAAACCUUCAGAAACACCAGUUCAAUCUGGCGGAAAAUGGAAACUUCCAGAUCUUGGUGAUAAAUGGAAACCAUCAGAAUCAUCAAUUUCAUUGCAGAAAAACGCUGAGCAAGAUUUGAAGGAUCACGAAGGGAAACAAACAAAACAAUUAGCAAACGAUACAUACGAUAAAUUGGAUUUAGAAUCCAAAGCUGAUGAUCAAGAUCGUGGUAUUGGUUUCUGGUGUCAUCCUUGUGGUCGGAAACUGGCAUCUCAGCUACUUUUUGAACGUCAUUUAGCAUCAGAUCUUCACGCUCGAAGAACAAAUCAGGGAAUAGAUGAAGUUUUCCCAUCGAUCUCAAAUCCUAUCAAAGAUCGACCACAGAAAUUGACAACGCGCCAAAAAAGUUUGACCGCGAUCAAAAUCAGCGAAGAAACUGAAAAAGACAAAUGCUUGGACAUAAAAAAGCAGCAAAAUGAAUAUUUAGCGACUAAAAAUGACGUGCAAAAGAGUCAGCGGGAACGGGAAAAAAAAGUGAUAAUAUGCGAGGUGUGCAAGAAACGCGUGCUUCGUAUUCAAAUCGGCAAGCACCUCGUCUCACAUUAUCACUGCCGUGUAGCAGCGGGUCUUGCCAGAACAAAAGAGAACGAGGACAGUGCAGUGACCAUUAAGAAUCAUCACAGAAUCGUGCUAGAAAACAUGAGAAGUAUCGUACACCAAUGUCCCUUUCAGUGCGCCCCUUGUCGCUUCUAUUGCAACAGCGAGGCUACUUUUUUGAGGCAUUGGCAAUCUAAGGAACAUAAAGAUAUCAUCUCAAAGAUCGAGGGUAAUUUCUCGUGCUCACAAUGUUGCUUCAUUUGCGAUAAUAACGAAGCCAUGGAGCUCCACCUGAACGAACAGAGCCAUCGUGAUGUUGUUUCAAUGAUAAAUGGCUCGGUACCGAUAGUCAUUCAUUGCCUGCAAGCCCUCAAGUGCAGAACCUGUUCAUACCGAUGCAGGUACAAUAUCGAGAUGCGCGAACACGCCGAACGAGCUAGCCACGAGGGCUCGCUCUCGUCGAUGGAUGAAUAUCAAAAUCGUCUCAUCUGCCGGAUAUGUCAAUUCGUCGGGCACUCGCGGAUCGCCCUGCAAAGACAUCAGCUUUUCAAUCACAAGUCCGACGUGUUGAAAAGCGACGACAAAGGGACCGAUUCGAUUCAAGCAGGGCCUUAUUUCUGCUCUUUUUGUUGGAUGUCGUUCGAUUCGAGGGAAGCUGGUAUUGUGCACCGACGAACCAUCAGUCACAAAGAGACGGUGAAAAAAGCCAAGGCCGUCGAUCCGGCCAGCCAAGUUAGCCGAAAGUGCCGAUUUUGCAACCAAGUUCAGAGCGACUUGUUGGAGCACAAGCGUCACAUACUGCAAGAGCAUAGACAGGAUUGCCCAAGAUGCGCCAAGUGCGGUCAAAUAUUCGCUCUGUCGCAAGAACUCGCGCGACACACGCGAGACGCUAAAUGCUCGAGCGACAAACUGGCCGAGGUCGUCGAUAGAACGACCGACGACGCGACCAAAACUCGAGCCGGCAAGUUCUGGAAUUGCGACAAAUGCCCGUUCACUUCGGAGUCCAAAGUGGAUCGCUUGUAUCAUAAAGCUUUGCACGAAGGCUUCGUGGAACAGGAGUCCAGUUCCGAUAGAAAAUGUCUGAAAAAAUUGAAGUGUCCGGUGUGCGAUGGUACAUUUGCCAAGAUUUCGCUGAAAGACCACAUCAGGGCGUAUCACACUCAAGAGCGACCGUUCACCUGUCCAAAGUGCAGCGGCAAAUUUCCACGACGAUCGGCUCUGACGAAUCACGAGAAAACGUGUGGCGUGGACAAGGUGGCAGCAACGUUGGUGCGCCAACGAGAAAGAAAGUACGACUGCAAGGUGUGCGGCAGCUCCUUCUUCACCGGCCACGCGCUUCGCCAGCACAUGAUGCGACACGACGGCAAAAACUUCAAAUGCGACAUGCCAGGAUGCCUAACCGAGCUCCGGACAAAAAACGAACUACGGAGGCACAAAGAAAUAGUGCACGACGUAAAAGGACAGAAGUACUAUUGUAACGAUUGCUCUUACGUGUCCAAGUCCAAACAGUAUCUUAUCACGCAUUGGAAAAAUCAGCACGGACCAGAUGCAAAGGAGAAGGAAGCCCGAUUCACCUGCAACGAGCCUGGCUGCAACUUCCGAACGCCCCUGAAGACGCGCCUGACGAGACACGCUCGCGUUCACACCGGUGAGAGGCCCUACAAGUGUCCGCACUGCGACUUCAGCUGCAACAAUUUGGAAAACUUGAGAAAGCACGUCGUCUCGAACAAGCAUCCCGGCAAGUCCCUGUUUUCCUGCCGCUUGUGUCAAGCUGAAAACGCCUUCGAGACGAAUUUGACCAAAGAACUCAAGGCGCAUCUGGUCAUCGUACAUCCAGAGACUUAUCCAACUGCGCUCCUAGCUCAACAAUACAUUAAUUCGCUUUAUGAAUUUUAAAAGGAAAAUAAAAGCCUGUACAUUGCUUCGCAGCUAUCGCAUCGAUAUGCUCUUAUUUUGUUCAAUGUUCAUUACUUAUUUUUGUAACUUGUGCAAACGACUUUGUACUUUAUAAAAAUGACGAUAACCUCCGAUCAAUGUGAAUAGUCUGAGUCAACGAAUCCACGCGAGCACGAAUAAUACCUAAAAAAAGCGACGGCAUAAGUUUAUCAAGUUAUAGGCGCAAAGCUCCGUGUGCAGGCGCACAUUAAGUGUGCGAAUAUAUACCUUGUCGACGAUAAAUAUCACACGCUGAUGCAACGAGCGAAAAUAUUUUUUACAUAUCCUUAGUACACUCGCUCCUGGCCGAGUGUUUGUAAGUAUUCAUGCGCGCGUGUCUCUGUGUCUGCGUACAAAACGAUCGGAGGCGAAG